AUGUCCUCGCCACGCCCGACGCCGUCAUCUCCCAGGCGCCCGCCCGUUCAUCGCCAACGUUCGCUCUCGAUGUCCUCCUCGCUGGCCGCACCCGUCCGUUCGACGCAUCGCCUUGCGGACCAGGUCCUUGCCAUCACCGACGAGAUGGCCGCCUACGCACUUGACAAGGAGGACCGCAUCCACGCCGUGCAGGUGGCGAAGACUCGGUCAGAACAGCUGGCGAGCCAGGUUGCCGCACUUCGACGAGAUGUGGCAGUCGAACCGAACGACCUUGGAUUACGUCUGCGGCUGCUUGAGGCGGAGGAGAAGCUGAAGCGGGCGAUUGCUCAGGAGAAGAUUGCGAAGGAGGCGUUGACUUCGCCAUCCAUUCGAGGCCCUCCAGCUCCUGCGAUGCGCCCUCUGCCUUCCCCCAACUCUGCCGACCCAGUCUUUCCUCCUUCGCCUCCUCGCACCCGCUCGCCUUCACCGGCGCCUUCCCACAACUCGACUGCAUCGCCCCCGACGCCGACGCCUCGAGCGUCGGUUCAUCGACGUCCGACAAGCACCUCCUUCUCGCGCGUGCCGCAGUUCUCCCCCGCAUCGUCCGCCGCCAACUCUCCUGUCCGCCGCCCACUCUCCUUGCACGUCCCGCCGUCUCUCGUACACGCGCCUCGUUCAGACCCUACGCCAACCCUCGCAACCUUCCCUCGCAAACCAGUUCUCGUCACUUCGCACCUCUCCGUUCCGGGCCACCUCAUCACGCAAGAACUCGGCCUUGUCCAAGUUCGCACACCCUCGACGACGGACCUUGGCGCCUUGAAGGAGCUGUUGCGCCUCGAGGGCGAGCGGCGAGGCGCCGAUGCGGUCCUCGGUGUCGUUACCAAGGUCUGGGACGGCGAGGGAGGCGGCUUGGCUGGCGCAGGCCGGGCAGUUCGGCUCAAGAAGGACUGA